AUAAUCUGGGACGUUUCUUUUCAGGUCUCGAGGACAAUCCAAGCCAGCACAAUGAGUGUGACUAAGGGGGGGAGGAGGAUCCCCACUCCCAUGCCGCCCCCCAAGGACGUGUAUCACAGCAAUAGGUCUACUCCGAAAUUGGUGGGCUCAGACGCAUCGUAUAGGCUGAGUCACUAUGAAAUCGAGGCACUUAACGCUGUUAAAGCGACGGCUCCGAAAAUGGACCGCAACGGUUAUUUUUUCUACGUUGCGUCUACCGCGAAGAAAAAGAAAAUAAGUUUGAUGCAGCCAAAGCCUCCUCGAGUGGCCUUCGUCGACAAGCGGCGGCCAGGGGUGGCAGAGAGGAUCGAGUACGAGCCUCGGGCCAGUGUGGCUCCAAACGCCACGGAGUACGCACGCGAGGACCCUAUGACGCAGCGAGGCCCGUCGCCCGCGCCACGCGCGCGCCUCUACACGCAACUCGAGAGUUAUCAGCCGCGAUAUCAUACCAUACGUGACAGUGGUGAUAAGAGAGUGGACAGUGAGUGCCGGAGACGGAAAAAGGAUCAAAGGAUUCCUGGACAGCCACAGGGUGUUUUGAGCAGGACAUCGACAGCAAAAUGCAGCGGCUCUCCACACCGGCAGCGGCGGCGGGAGGAGGAAGGGAGCCCCGCCGGGUUCUGCGCGGCGCUGCACAAGACGCCGCCCGCGCCGCCGCCGGCCCUGCUGCGCCGGCUCGGCGUCAAGGAGCCCACUGGCGUCGGGAAGGUGAAAGUGAUGCUUCGCGUCGGCGCCUCGGGCGAAGGUCCCUUCGCGAGUGGCACCCAAACGUUCUCCUUAGACAAACGCAAGAAACAAGUGAGCCUCUGCGAGAACACCACCGGCGCUGCCGCCGCGCCCGAGGACAGGAAGGUCGGCGUGGCCGCGCCGAAGAUGUUCGCGUUUGACGCCAUCUUCUCCCAGGAUGACUCACAGACGGAGAUUUGUUCGAGCGCUCUCACGGACGUUAUUCACGCGGUUAUCAACGGGACCGACGGUUGCCUCUUCUGUUUUGGACACGCAGGACUAGGUAAAUCGUACACAAUGUUGGGGCGACCGGAGUCGGCGGCGUCGCUGGGCGCCAUCCCGUGCGCCAUCGCCUGGCUGUUCCGGGGCAUCGCUGAGCAGCGCCACAAGUGCGGAACAAGAUUCUCCAUACGAGUGUCUGCCGUUGAACUCUGCACCAAUACCAACCAAAUCAGAGAUUUGUUGACGCCCUAUCAAAAUGAUACAGAACAAUCGCCCGGCGUCUACCUUCGAGACGACCCUCUCUUCGGGACGCACCUCCAGAACCAGUCAGAGUUGCGCGUGCACAGCGCGGAGAAGGCAGCCUUCUACCUAGAUGCCGCCCUAGCCACGCGGGGGGCGAGGGAGGAGGGCAAGGACAGCCAUCUUCUGUACACUCUACAUGUGUACCAGUACAGUGUUGGUGGAAAAGGGGCCGUCGCCGGAGGUCGGAGUCGCCUGCAUUUAAUUGACUUAGGAAACUCAGAACGAGGUAAAGCUAGCGGAGGAAUCCCGCUUUCUGGUCUAGGAAAUAUAUUACUGGCAAUAUUUAAUGGGCAAAGACAUCUACCGUACAGAGACCAUAAUCUCACACACGUACUUAAGGAAUGCCUUGGGUCGCUCACUUGUCAUACUGCCAUGAUAGUCCAUGUGUCGCCUACCGUACAAAACUACUCUGAUACUUUGACUACUUUACAAUUAGCAUCGAGAAUACACAGGCUCAGAAGAAGAAAAAUUAAAUAUUCUGCUAACAAUAACGCGGGAUCUGGAGGCAGUUCGGGAGAAGAUGCUUCAAAACCUAGUAGCAGUGAACCAGAUCCUUCCAGCAGUGACCUGUCCGCAGACACUGUUAUAUACGUCGGACCAUUAGAUGAUGCAACUGAUGGUGAACAUCCACCAGUGUAUAUUCCACACAUGAACUCUGGCGACAAUAGAGGUGUAAUAAGUAAAGCACUGAGAGGGUCAGCGUUAGAACAUAAACAUAAAUCAUCUUUAUCUAAAGUUAUCGAAGAAAAAAGCCCUGUUCAUAAAUUACACUCUUCUCCUAAAGCUUCUCCCAUGAAAACUGCCCUACAAUCGUCAAGCCACACCCCAAAGUCUUCACCAGUUCAUUCCGCUACUUCCAAACUAACACCCGUUAAAAAAGUAUGUUCAAAACAUACAGAAGACGUUAAAAGUACUAGUGAUGAACAAUGGAUAGAUGGUCCUCGAAUAUCUAAAUCAAAAUUAGUAGAAGUUAGGCACAUCAUAAAAGAAACUCAAGAAAAACAACGUGAAACUUGGAUCGAUGGACCAAUGCAAGAAACGAAAUUGCCACUACAAUUUGAAUCAGUUCCGAUUCAAUCCAAUCAACUACCCUUGCAAAUUGGCAUACUUGGUUCACAUGGUAGCGAAAAUAUUGGAUACGGUUACAUGGAUAAUCAUAAAAAGAAUAUGAUUAGAAAGUGGGUUGAAAAUCAAACCUCACAAAUCCAUAAAUCACGACAUAAUUCUCCCAGUCAUAAAAGUCAGUCAAGUCACAAAAACUUAACACAAAAGGUUUCAGAGGAACCAGAGACAACACACAAAAUGGAACCAUUGAAAGAGUCAGCAAAGCGCAUUCACGUCGAAGAGUCUACAGUAAGAACUGGCCUAAAAGCUGCUUCAAAGGGCAAUGCAAUAGAAGAAGAGAGCAUAGGUCCACCAGUUAGUGACACCCAAACACCUAAGAAGUCUAAUAGUAAAAUUAUUGCAAAGAAUGACAUAGAUGACGACGACGAUAGUGAGGAACUAGCAGAAAUUCCACCCGCUCUGCCUAUAAUACAGCCAAGUAGUCUAAGUAGUAGAGAAGUAUCUAUGGAGAGCUUAGAUAGUAAAUAUAAAGAACGAAUGAGAAUGGAUGAUGAAUUAAUGUCUAACCAUAGCAGAGAUAUUGACGCUCAUGGUUUAAGUAGGUUAGCAGAAGAUGAUGACGAAAUCUUAGAAAUUAUAGAAAUAGAGGAACCGUUAGAACCGGUACCAAUGCAAGAUUGUUGCUUACAAGUAACCGAAGAAGACAUCGCACUUUGUAUGGGUUACACUGAUAAUCAUUUCCUAGAUGCGGACCAGGAAGACGCAGAAGAUCAUCCGCUGAGGAUUCUUAGUCAAGAAAACUUAACCGUAGCAUCAACAUUUACAGAUACAUUAUCAUUAUAUAGUGAAGUCGAACGACAAAUUAGAAACGAAGCAUAUCUUAGACAAACUCUCGGGUUUUAUACAGAAAAUUUUUGUUACGAAUAUGCCUUAGGCGGUGAUGUGAAUCCUCACGAAAGUUUACCGUCAUCUCGUUCGAGAAUAGACGACAUGCUGGGGCUUGCUGAACUGUACGGUUCUAGAAAAAUGUUGGAUAAUAAUGAUCUACCCAACACGAGGAUCGCUCCCCAGUUCCAGUCACUGUCUCUUUGCAAUGUAAGAGAUACAGAAGAAUUUCACGGUGAUGGUUCAGUUUACAGUGAACCCGCGUAUCGACCCAGUGAUAAAAUAUGUGAUAGUUGCAAGAGAACUAUGUCUCGACCGGGUAGUGCAGUUGGAGAGUGCGGUGCUUUUCAAGAUAUAGAAUGUGCACAGAACGACACAUACGGCCCUUUCGAAAGAUACAGAGGGAACGACAUAACAGACGCUAGAAUAGCAUCAUUGAGGCAUCCAGAUGGAGCAUCCGAUCCAAAUUUACGAGAAGAAAAGCGAAUACCAGGUAAUGGUGCGCCGUCAAAUAAUUUUCGAGAGUUGAAAUCAAAUCUUCACCUAGAAGUUACACCUCCAGUAGUGACAACUGAACCUCGUUCGGACAAGAAUGAAAAGGGAGAUAAAAGUGUAGCAAGAAUUUUUGGCAGUUCUAAACCGGAUGGUUACGAUAGCGGCCACGAAUCUACACCGAGAACAGGGAAACAUAGCCCCGCAGCUACCUCGAGACGAGCCGAGUCUGGCUACGACUCUGUCCCGAGAGAUUCAGAUGCAUCAUCUUUAGACUCAUAUCCGACGCGGAGAGCGGCGGUGGCCCGAGCGCACGCCAAGAAACACACGACGGCCAAAUACAAACAACAUAGUGACCGUUCGUUUUGUUCGUGGCUCCGAAAUCCCUUUGCAUGCAAAUAUGCUGAUACAGACCCCGAAAUUAGUGAUUUUUAAUGUGAUGAUUGAAUGGAUCGAUCAAACGAAUAGAGUAAAAUUACUAAAUAGCAUUUACUUACCCUUAACGUUACCGAAUUUAAUCUGGAGACUGCUUUUGUACUCUAGAUAUACUCGUUUUUAUAUAGUUAAGGCUUUUGCACUAAACCAAUGAGGUUACCGUUGUAUUUUUCUAAACGUUGCUUCUUAUGUGCUCAGUUACAUAUAAAAUUGACGUUGUAUCAUUGUAAAUACAGACGUAUUAAAAUUAAUUCUACUUUGAAUGACUCUUGAUAACUUCAGCUGAUUUUUGUACUUUUAUACUGUCAGAACUUGAAUAACUUAUCGUGUAACUUUAUUUGAGAAAUGUUAAAUGUAGCUUUUGUACUAACUCGAUUGAAAAAUUGAAGCAAGAUCUAAAGUCUUCCUCCGUCUUCCUCAUAGACAAUCAUAUCGUGAGUCUUGUUGUCUCUUCCUUCAUGUGCACUAACCUCAUUAAAUAAAUGCUACUACUUAUGAUCCUUCAUUUGUUCGGUUCUUAUUGGAAACCGGUAAUUGUAAACUGUUUAUUAAAUUUUUGUGUUAAUCCAAUCAGGAUUAUAAGUACAAGGCAUAACAGAAAUGAAAUGUUCUAGUACUGAGACUGUUGUCAUUUGCCAUGUUUUGUAUAGCUUUAAUAUUUUUUGAUAAUGUAAUUAUUAACGUUCACUGUCGGCGUGUCCGUGUGUAAAUAAGACUUGAUUACACUUAAUUCUAAUUACUGUGGCUUUAUCAAAUGUUGGUGAACUUAGUUAUCGCUUAUAUCGUCAAUGUUUUGUUAUGAUACGAUUAAUAUUACAAAUAUUUAUCCUAAAUUUUACUAUGCGUUCGUAUUAGUUCACAAUAAAUUGUUCAAUUUCAACUGA